GCCAGGCAGGCGCAGCCUGAUGACGUCAGCCUGGAGCGCCAUGGAAGGAGCGUCUGUGGUGGAGGAGGCCUCGGAGCUGCGCCGCGAGGGCAACGAGCUGUUCCAGUCGGGGCGCUACGAGGAGGCGCUGGAGGCCUACACGCGCGCCCUCCGCCUCUGCCCGCCCGAGCCCCAGCCCUGCCCGGAGAGGGCCCUGCUCCACCGCAACCGCGCCGCCGCCUACCUCAAGCGCGAGGACUAUGUCCAAGCGGAACGGGACGCUUCUAAAGCCAUUGAAGCCGAUGGACGUGACGUGAAAAGCCUCUUCCGUCGCAGCCAAGCCCUGCAGAAACUGGGCCGCCCCGAUCAGGCCGUCUUGGACUUGCAGAGGUGUGCAAGCCUGGAACCCAAGAACAAGGCCUUCCAAGAGGCCUUGCGCAACCUCGGCAGCUCCAUGCAUGAGAAGAUGAGAACCAUGUCGAGCACUGACGCCAAAGUGGAGCAGAUGUUUAAGAUGCUGCUGGACCCGGAAGAAAAGGAUCCGGACAAGAAGCAGAAGGCCGCUCAGAACCUGAUUGUCCUGGCCCGAGAAGAGCCGGGGGCCGAGAAGAUCUUCCAGAGCGAUGGGGUGCGUCUGCUGCUUCAGCUUUUGGACACAAGCCGGUUGGAUCUGAAGCUGGCAGCCCUGCGGACUCUCACUGGCCUUUGCCAGGGGCAUCGUUCCCGGACAAUGGCGAUCCUGGCUGAACUGGGCGCUCAGCGCCUCUUUGCUGUGCUGGAGAUGGAGGAUGAGCAGGUCUCGCUGGCCACCCGCAACCUGCUGCAGGUCAUGUUUGACUCCCUCAAGGAGGGGCUGCAGAGGGAAGUGCGCGGCAAGGAGGGCGCUCUGGUGCCAGAUGCGUCCAAAGAGCUCAAGUUGCUCCUCAAACAACUGCUGGAAGCCCUGACCCGAGAGGGCAUCUCUUCCUACGGCCGGGACAGCAUCCUCAACUUGCUGAUCAGUGUGGUGCCCCGGAAGUCGCUGCAGGAUCCCAACAACUGCCUGACCCUCUGGGUCAUUGACCAGGGGCUCCGGGAGAUCCUGGAGGUGGGGGGCACAGUGAGGCACACUGCUGGGGCCCUGCGCGUGACGGAGGACACCCACAUGAGCACAGCCGUCCUGCUCAGCAAGCUGUACGGGGACUUGACAGGCGACGCAGAGCGGGAGAACUUCCACCGACUCUGCGAGGACUACGUCAGAGGCUGCUUCGAGGGCCACGGCGUGCCUGGGCAGUUGCGGGCCAUCCAGACGGCCUCGUGCCUCCUGCAGGGCCCCGCGGAAGCCGGCAACCGGGCGCUGGAGCUGAGCGGCAUCAUGGAGAGCAUCCUGGCCUUGUGUGCUUCCUCGCGGGAGGCCGACCAGCUGGUGGCUGUGGAGGCCCUGAUCCACGCGGCGGACAAGGCGAAGCGCGCGACCUUCAUCACCACCAACGGUGUGGCGCUGCUCAAGGAGAUCUACAAGCGCAGCGAGCGUGACAGCAUCCGCAUCCGGGCCUUGGUGGGCCUCUGCAAGCUGGGCUCGGCAGGGGGCACGGACUGCAGCAUGAAGCAGUUUGCCGAAGGGUCCACUCGGAAGCUGGCCAAGCAGUGCCGCAAGUGGCUGUGCAACGAGGCCCUGGAUGCCGGCACGCGGUACUGGGCGGUGGAGGGGCUGGCCUUCCUCACCUUGGACGCAGACGUCAAGGAAGAGCUGAUGGAGGACAAGGCAGCCCUGCAGGCCCUCUUCCAGCUGGCCAGGUCAGAGAACCGCAGCCUGCUCUUUGCCGUGGUCUCCACGCUGGUGAACUGCACCAGCAGCUAUGACCACGAGGAGCCCGACCCCCAGAUGGUGGAGCUGGCCAAGUAUGCCAAGCAGCACGUCCCAGAGAAGCACCCCAAGGACAAGCCAGAAUUUGUGCAGCGGCGUGUGCGGAAGCUGCUGGCCGCUGGUGUGGUGUCAGCUCUGGCCUGCAUGGUGAAGAGCGAGAGCCCGGCCCUGAGCCCGGCCUGCCGCGAGCUGAUCUCCAGAGUUUUCCUGGCUGUUGUGGAGGACCCAGAGGACAGAGGGGCUGUGGUGGCCCACGGCGGGGGGAAGGCCCUCAUCCCUUUGGCCCUGGAGGGCACCGAAGCGGGGCAGACCAAAGCAGCCCAGGCCCUGGCCAAGAUCACCAUCACGACGGCCCCCGAGAUGGCCUUCCCUGGCGAGCGGGUCUACGAGGUGGUCCGUCCCCUGGUCGGCCUCCUGCACUUGCAGCGCACCGGCCUGCAGAACUUCGAGGGGCUCAUGGCCCUCACCAACCUGGCGGGGGCCAGUGAGCGGCUCAGGCAGAAGAUCGUGAAGGAGAAGGCCCUGCCCAUGGUGGAGGGCUACAUGUUUGAGGAGCACGAGAUGAUCCGCCUGGCAGCCACCGAGUGCAUGUGCAACUUGACGCUCAGCCCGGAGGUCAGGGAGCUCUUCCUAGCCGAAGGCAGCGACCGGCUGAAGCUGCUGGUCCUCUACAGCGGGGAGGAGGACGAGCGGCUGCAGCGGGCAGCCUCGGGGACCCUGGCCGUGCUGACCUCCCUGCUGCCAGCGGUCUGUGCCCGCAUCCCUCAAGUGACCACCCACUGGCUGGAGAUCCUGCAAGCCCUCCUGCUCAGCCCCAGCUCGGAGCUUCAGCACCGCGGCGCCGUGGUGGUGAGGAACAUGGUGGCAGCCGACAAGGAGCUGGCGGAGAAGCUGAUGGAGAGCGAGACGCUGGAGAUCCUCUCCGUCCUGGCCCGGCUGAAGGACCAGCCCAGCGUGGCCCAGGCGGCCAAGGAGUGCCUGGCGCAGGCCGUGGCCUACGGCUUGAUCAAGCCCAGCCCUGACAGUGGGGAGUGACCCCCUGCACACGCCUACGCACACGCUGCUGCCGCUGCCGCCGCUGCUGGACACGGGCACUGGCUUCGGGGGCCAGGGGAGGGGGUGCUUGCCCCAGGAGCUGGCGCUGCCUGCAGGUGCCUUCCCCCUCAGCACGGCUGGAGGGCACCAUUCUGGCUUGAGCAGCCUGGUGGUGGGCUUGGGUCUGUCUUUCGCCUGCUGCCCCAUGCCUCCGAGGGGGCUUGGGGGGCCCCGCUGAGCUGCUGGCCCUGCCUCCCAGUGGUACUUGCUCUGAGGACCGGCGGCCACAUUCCUGCGCUUCUUCUCUGGGGAAGGGGGGGGGGUGGUACCAUUCCAGGCCUCUGUGCUGGGCACUGGAUGGCAUGAAGGUGGAACACUAUGCAAGUGUCUCUUUGCAAUACAAGGUCACUCCGUU